AUGCGUCUUCUGGUGCUUAAUAAGUUAUUAUUCAGAUCGUGCAGCAAUGGGAAGAACCGCAAAGAUCGUGAGAAAGAAAGAGGCCACUGCCACCCGGUGGGACCUUCCAAGGGCGAUCAAUUGACACAGCGUCAUGACGAUAUUUGGAAGGAGUGGCUGGGCAAGAGACAGCCCAGCUGGGUUGUUCCUGCGAUUCUCUUGCCCGAUGUAUUCGAAUAUUCGAAGAAGGAGCAGUUCAGGAGAGCCGGACGAAGGAGGAGGUUUCAAAUAUCGGAUCACCUCCAUUGUCGGGCUACGUGCUGCACGACUACCUGCACUGCUGCAAACAUGGCUGACGCUAUCGCCAUAGCUCACGCCCUCUGUGUGGAAAGUCGAAACAAUGCUGUCGCUGCAGCCCGUGGGGCCACUUCCGGAUCAGUUCCUGCCGAUGGUUCUUCCCCAUCAACCACGGUUGUUAGCACUGCGUCUCCUUCCGCAGCAGCCGAUACACCUCUGCCCGGAGGUGGUGCUGAGAAUCCCGGGAAUGUUCCCGGGCGGGGGGAUGUAGAAAUUCCAGCCACCAUCGAGUACACCCAUGGCAUGUCCUGGCGGUUUUGCAAGCAAUGCCGCCUGAUUCGCCCAAUGAAAACUGUCGGCAAAAUCGUGUGCCAGGGCGGGUGCGAGUGGAAGAGUAGAAAUGCAAACAAGUGGCACUCCUGCUUAGCCUUCCUGAUGGGCACCUCCUCCAACAUCCAUCGUAAUUAUUAUUGCGAUGGAACGAAGGGGGGCAAGAACACACCAGAUCGGUAA